AUGCAGGUUUCCUUCGACUCCCAUGCUCUCAAGCCUUUUAUCAGGGCAUUGACGUGUUUAUCGAGAUAUGGAGAGGAGCUUACCAUAUAUGCAACGCCCGAGACUCUAUCUAUGUCAUGUACCAACUCGUCCAAAUCGGCUUACUGUCGUUUUCGGUAUUCCAGACAAUUCUUUUCGAAGUAUAGACUAGGAAUUUCUAGAGCUGGCACGAUCAACCCAGAGGGAGAUACUGUUACCGGACAGCUCAUGACCAAAGGGUUUCUUUCAAUUUUAAAACACCAUUUUGGGGAUAGCUCAGUUGAAAGAUGCGAUAUAUCUAUCGUAGAAGGAGAAGGAAACGCGAACAAAGACGAAGAUGAGGAAGACAGUCUGGAAAGUAGGCUAGUUGUGCGAUUGCAUUGCAAACACGGUGUGGUCAAAACACAUCGACUCGUCCUAAUGACACCACAGUCUCUCAUGGCACCGGGCGUGCCAGAUACAUCGGAAGAAACUUUCUUGAGGAUUGGGCCCCGUGCGAUCAGGGAGAUCAUUGAGCACUUUCCGCUAGCAAGAGGCAUCAAGGCUGAUCCGCAAUUGAUAUGGAGCUUUGAGGACACAGAAGUGCAUGUAAAAAGUCUGGAGUCUUCCAUUGACAGUAAAGGGAAGGCUCAACUAUCAACCGAACUUGUAAUAAGCGCGGAUGAGUUUGACGUAUACAACCUCGAGGCUGCUCCAAUAACGCUGGCAUUUCACUUGCGAGAAUUCAAUGCUACAAUUGCUUUUGCCGAAGCUUCGUCACUAUGUUUCGAUCUACGGUUCACCGUUCCUGCUGCACCUCUCUUCAUCGACGUUGAAGGAGACGACUUUGAGAUUCUUUUCGUAAUCUCCACGAGUCAGGUACAAGUUUCUCCAAGUCAACAAACUCGGCCAAUGCCUCAGAUGGUCAAAAAACGGGCCCGGGAGGAGACUCCUAGUGAUGCGUCCGGACGAUUCAAAAAACCGAUGAAAGCUGUUCAUCCAACCGACCGCGUUUCAAUGGCUCGAGAUGAUAUCUCCUCUAGGUCGUCUAUUCCACCAUCGUCAAUGCCUCCUGUUGCAAUACCUAUCCGUGAUCGGCGCCCGACAUCUCGGGCAUCCUCGGCACGCGACAGUCAACAAGGCAUCGCUGCAAAUCCAGCACCUCAGAUUAAUGAGCCGUUGUUCCUCCCAAGCACUUCACAACUGUCGAUUAUGGAUGAAAAAGCCCUUCAGGAAUCGGGUUUGGGAAUAGAGAAUAUGACAGUAGAGGAAUUCAACGCCAUGAUAGCAGAUGACGGAGAUGAAGAUAUUCUCCCUCAACACAUCUCACCGUCGCCAGCACAGCUGGAAAGUUUCGAACUCAUCGAGGACGAUCCUGGUUUGGCACCGACUCAGGAUGGAUCAUCGGUUGACGACAACCAGUCGAAGACAUUUCAUCCCUUGUUCGAAGACUGA